AUGACUAGCACGUACACUCAGUGGCUGGCUGAUGCGAAAGAGGACAGCUCAUUUGACCUCGCUGACCUGGAAACGCUUGAGUUAUACUUAGGGGGAUCUCUCGGCAUUGACAGUGCAGCCGAACAGCUUACCGAAGGCAAGGCCUGUCAAGAUGUGGAAAAUAUAUGGGUGAUGCUCCUAGUCCUUUCAAAGUGCCAUAGUGAGAUCCUUGAAAGUAUUGUCAGCCUAAUACGCACCAUAUUUGCUCUCAGGCCCUCAGAUGAUGACGAGAGCUCUGAAGAGUGGUCAGUCAAUAUUAUCAGAAGCUUCGGUGUUAAUUGGCGUGAUGUUCAUGACGCAUUAUGGUCAGAUCGCCGCCAGAUGAAGCAUGUAUCAGACCCAGCGGGCCAAAACUGGAUCAACUACCAUGCCUUCUCUGCAGCUUGCAUCCGUGAAGGGAUCCUCACUGAUUUGUAUUGGGCAUAUAUCAUCAUUGUCGACGGGCUCGAAAGGAAAGUGAGGUAUCCAAUCACACCUCAGCAGGAUGCCGAUGUUGCAGCUGCAUGUCAAUAUUUCAUCCACGGUGCUAGCCAUAUCCUGCGCAACGGUUGCCAGCCUGAAUACGGAGAGACACUCCGGGGUUGGGGCGACGAGAGCGAGCUUUGGCAAGGGGAAAAAGGGCUAACCCCCGGGAGAUGGACAUUCUGGGAAGAGCGGUUGGAUACCUUGAGAUUAGAUGAAGGCUUUUCUGACGAGACCAGAGAGGCAGCAAGGAGAGGAGAGGCGGCCAUUUGA